GAAAAGCCCUAAAGCUUUCAAGAGAAGACACUGACGAAGAAGAAGAAGACCUCUUCUUAAAAUGCUCCCGCGAACUCUCUUCUUCCAAUGUAAACCUUAGAAACCAACCUUCUCUCUCUCAUACUCACUUUCCCUAGAAGACGAACGAAAAUGGCGAACAAGCUCAAAGUCGACGAACUCCGUGCAAAGCUCGCCGAGCGCGGACUUGAGACCACCGGACUCAAAUCCGUUCUGGUGGAGAGGCUUGAGGAGGCUAUCGCAGAAGAGGAGAAGAAGGAAGAAUCGAAGAAGAAGAGGAAACGAGCCGUAGAUUCUUCUGACGGUGUUGAUUGUGAUGAUGAUUCGAACAAAUUGAUUGCGAUUGGAGAGCUACGCGGGAUGAAUGUGAAGGAGUUGCGUGAGGAAGCUAGUAAGAGAGGCUUAGCUCCUACAGGUACCAAGAAGGAGCUUCUUGAGAGGCUCUGCAAUGACUCAAACAAUGAUUCCAGUGCCCCACUCAAGUCAGGGACAGAUGGAGCUGAGGAUGACGAUGAUGGCUUUGAAGAAGAAAAGAAAGAAGAGAAGAUUGUAACUGCUACAAAGAAAGGAGCAGCGGUAUUGGAUCAGUGGAUUCCUGAUACCAUAAAGAGCCAGUACCAUGUUCUACAAAGGGGUGAUGAUGUUUAUGAUGCCAUGUUGAAUCAGACAAAUGUCAGGGAUAAUAAUAACAAGUUCUUUGUCCUACAAGUGCUAGAGUCUGAUAACAACAAAACAUAUAUGGCCUACUUCAGAUGGGGAAGAGUUGGUGUGAAAGGACAAAGUAAAUUAGACGGGCCCUUUGAUUCAUGCGAUCGUGCAAUAGAUAUAUUUAGCAAUAAGUUCCUUGAUAAGACAAGGAAUAAUUGGUCUGACAGAAAGGAGUUUGUACCUCACCCUAAGUUAUAUACCUGGCUCGAAAUGGACUAUGGCAAAGACGAUAAUGAUUCAGCUGUUGUCAGUGAUGUUCCCAAAUCAUCAUCUGAAGCUAAACCUGAGGAAUCAAAACUAGAUACCCAGGUUGCCAAGUUCAUCUCUCUUAUAUGCAAUGUAAGCAUGAUGGCACAGCACAUGAUGGAAAUAGGAUACAACGCUAACAAAUUGCCACUUGGCAAGCUAAGCAAGUUCACAAUAACAAAGGGUUAUGAAGUGUUGAAGAGAAUCUCGGAGGUAAUGGUGGGCCGGAUUGAUAGAGCGAGGAUUGAGGAACUGAGUGGAGAGUUCUACACUGUGAUACCCCAUGAUUUUGGGUUUAAGAAAAUGAGUCAGUUUGUUAUAGACACUCCCCAAAAGCUGAAACAGAAAAUAGAAAUGGUUGAAGCAUUAGGUGAGAUUGAACUUGCCACAAAGUUGUUGUCCGUCGACCCGGGAUUGCUGGAUGAUCCUUUGUAUUAUCACUACCAGCAACUUAAUUGUGGAUUGACACCAGUAGGAGCCGAUUCAGAAGAGUUCUCUAUGGUUGCCAAUUACAUGGAGAACACUCAUGCAAAAACGCAUUCAGGAUACACAGUUGAGAUUGCUCAACUAUUUAGAGCUUCAAGAGCUGGUGAAGCUGAUCGAUUCCAACAGUUCUCAAGUUCGAAGAAUAGGAUGUUACUCUGGCAUGGGUCACGUCUCACUAACUGGGCUGGUAUUUUAUCUCAAGGUCUUCGGAUAGCUCCUCCUGAAGCGCCUGUAACUGGUUACAUGUUCGGAAAAGGAGUUUACUUUGCCGACAUGUUCUCCAAGAGUGCAAACUAUUGCUACGCUAACAGUGGUGCCAAUGACGGUGUCCUACUCCUCUGCGAGGUUGCUUUGGGAGACAUGAAUGAGCUUCUUAAUUCGGAUUAUAACGCGGAUAAGUUGCCUCCAGGGAAGCUAAGCACAAAAGGUGUGGGGAGAACAGCACCAAACCCAUCAGAGGCUAAGACACUAGAAGACGGUGUUGUUGUUCCACUUGGCAAACCAGUGGAGCACUCAAGCUCCAAGGGGUCGUUAUUGUACAACGAGUACAUUGUAUACAAUACGGAACAAAUCAAGAUGCGAUAUGUGAUCCAAGUCAAAUUUAACUACAAGUACUAAAAACACUUAUGUAGAGUGAACCGACCACCUCAUUUUCAAACACUUUGAUGCUUAUUGGACUUGUUUUCUAUUCGGCUUGGGAUUUAACCCAAUGAGCGUACUACCCACAUGUGUGCUUAAGAAAACCUUUUAUGUGUGCGGCUCUCAUCUCGCUAAUCUCAACUUGAACUUGAUUUCUUUGUAAAUAUCUGUUCUAAAAUAUGAUAUUUAUGUAUGCAUUUCAAUUAAUAUGAAAAUCCAUAUACGAUUACAA